UUUGACUCCAGAGAGGUGGUUAAAACAUAUGCAAAUUACCCAUUAUGCCCUCCCGAUCCUUUUCCAGCUCUCUGGGUCUCGUAGAUCGGAUCGAAGGCGUCGCCGCCUGAACUCUCGCCAGCGUCGCAACCUGGGACCCAGCGUCCUCGCGACCAGCUCCGACGCGGCGUCCGCCCUCUACAGCCCGGUGUCCCAGCGACCGUCGCUGCUGUUCUACUUCGCCACUCGCCACCUUGGCCGGCGACGAGCACCACCAGGACACCAGUUCAAGUAGCUCACUGAUUCAGCUUUGGUUAUUCCUGAGUGACAACUAUUGAAAAUGGUGGUUCUUGCAGCCUCUGUAGUAUCAAAGUCUGGAAAAGCACUUGUUUCAAGACAAUUUGUUGAUAUGUCUCGAAGCAGAAUUGAGGGACUACUUGCAGCAUUUCCGAAGUUGGUGGGAACUGGAAAGCAACACACUUAUGUUGAGACUGAAAAUGUCCGUUAUGUUUAUCAGCCUAUUGAAGCCUUAUAUCUGCUAGUCAUCACAAAUAAGCAGAGUAACAUUCUUGAAGAUCUGGAGACACUAAGGCUGCUUUCUAAACUUGUACCUGAAUACUCCCCCUCUUUGGAUGAGGAAGGUGUCUGUCGGGCGGCAUUUGACCUCACUUCUGCUUUUGAUGAAGCCAUUUCCCUUGGAAACAAAGAAAAUGUUACUGUUGCUCAAGUUAAACAGUACUGUGAGAUGGAGAGCCAUGAAGAGAAGCUGUACAAACUCGUCAUGCAAAGCAAAAUAAAUGAAACUAGGGAUCGCAUGAGGCAACGAGUUACUGAGAUUGAGAAAAGCAAGAUUGGUAGAGGCAAGACUGAAAACGCAUUUGGCUCCCAGAGGACUACAAACGUUGUUAAUGACAUGAACACCAGAGGGAGUGGUCUAGGUGGUGAUCCUAUAUUUGGGGAGUUGUUUGCUCAAAAGGCCAAAGGUCAUUCUUCUGCUCCUACUGCUACUAGUAAAGUGGCUGGUGGUAUGAAAUUGGGCAAGGCACAGAAGACAGAUCAGUUUCUUGAAUCUUUGAAAGCUGAAGGAGAACUCAUUUCUGAGGAUACUCAACAAAGUGGAAUUCAGUCAAGACUGCCAUCUGCCCCUACAAGUGAUCCUAUCACAGUGGCAAUCGAAGAAAAGAUCAGUGCCACUGUUAAAAGGGAUGGUGGAAUUCAUAAUUUUGAUAUUCAAGGAACCCUUGCUCUCCAAGUUCUGAAUGACACCAACGGUUUUAUCCAGUUGCAGAUCGAGAACCAAGAUCUACCUGGACUUAGCUUCAAGACACACCCUUAUAUUAACAAAGAGUUGUUCAAUAGUCAGCAAAUUGUUGCUGCAAAAGAUCCAAACAGGCCUUUCCCUAGUGGUCAAAAUGAAACCCCUCUUGUGAAAUGGAGAAUCCAGGAGUUGGAUGAGUCAUCUCUGCCAUUGUCAGUUAAUUGCUGGCCUUCAGUCUCUGGAAAUGAAACAUACGUGAACAUUGAGUACGAAGCUUCUGAGAUAUUUGAUUUGCACAACAUUGUCAUUUCUAUACCUUUGCCUGCACUCAGGGAGGCUCCAAGUGUUAGACAGAUAGAUGGAGAAUGGAAGUAUGACUCGAGAAACUCUGUGUUGGAAUGGUCAAUUAUUCUUAUUGAUCAGUCCAACCGCAGUGGUUCUAUGGAAUUUGCUGUUCCUGCAGCUGAUCCAUCUACAUUUUUUCCCAUCUCUGUUGGAUUUUCAGCGUCAAGUACCUUCAGUGAUUUGAAGGUUACCACCGUUCAUCCAUUAAGAGAAGGCAGCCCUCCCAAAUUUUCUCAGAGGAUUCGAAUGGUUACUUGUAAUUACCAAGUGGUUUGAGCCUGAAGGAAGGCCACCUUCAAACUUGAAGCGGAUGUUAUAACAGUAUGUGGAAGCUAGGAAUUUCUGUCGGAAUCAAUGGGCAGCUAGGAUAUAUAUAUCUAUAUCUAUAUAUACAUAUAGAAAUAAGAAUGGUACACAUAACCCCUCUUUUUGUAUCUACCCAUUGUAAAAUGUUGCGCCAUAGUGGUAUCUUUACUGGAAUAUGAAGAUUAUAAUUUUGUCUAACGUUUAUUCAGGGAAAAAAAUGAUUUUGGCCCCUUUCGUUC